CGAUGAUCAAUGGAAGCAUUUCACUGAUAUUGAGAGAACAUUCUCCCUACCAUGAUAACGCAGGAGUUUUCGUAUUUCUAAUUUCUUUUUUAUUUCUUGUGUCCUUUUCUGUUUUCUUCACGGUGUCCUCGAUGCAAAUCAUUUGAUUUGUGAGCGAUAAUUCCGAACCUCCCCUCACCAUGUACUCCUCACAUUCCCAGGAUCCUACGAGGCGCGCUCGCAUUGAAAAUGAGAAGCAAGGUUCGCGACAGUCUAUAAUGAUACAGCAGGGGGAAACUGAUGAUGUGGGAGUUUCUCCUCGACCAACGGAAAAGCCGGAUGCGAGAUCUUGGGCUCACUUCGUGGCCGGAGGGAUCGGCGGGAUGACUGCGGCUACUGUUACCAGUCCACUCGAUGUCCUAAGAACGCGUCUUCAAUCAGACUUCUACCAAGCCCAACUCCGUGCGCUACGCCACGCACACCCCCUACCUCAAUCAACAUCCAUCCUAACCCUCCCCCGGAGCGCUCUACUACAUUUCACGGAAACUCUUCAAAUGCUUAGGUCGAUUCAUGUCCAUGAGGGAUGGCGAGGCUUGUUCAAAGGCCUAGGACCCAACUUAGUAGGCGUAGUCCCAGCGAGGGCGAUCAGCUUCUAUGCCUACGGAAAUGGCAAACGUCUAUUAAACGAGUAUUUCGAGUAUGACCCGGCCACUUCGCCGGUGGGUAUUCACUUGACAGCCGCGGCGAUGGCUGGUAUUGCGACAGGAACAGCCACAAAUCCAAUCUGGCUAGUUAAGACGCGGCUGCAACUCGACAAGGCCAAUGCUUCCAACGUACCUGGCAGAGGGCGCCAGUACAAAAACAGCUGGGACUGCAUCAAACAGACUGUGCGCCACGAAGGAAUUCGAGGGCUCUAUCGUGGACUUUCCGCAUCGUAUCUCGGAGUCACCGAGAGCACGGUCCAGUGGGUGAUGUAUGAGCAGAUGAAAAGGAUACUCGCUGCAAGGGAGGCGCGCUUGCUUGCUGAUCCGACGCAUGUACCGAGUUUGGUCGAUGAUGUUGAGGUCUGGGUAGGGAAACUGUUUGCCGCGGGUUUCGCUAAGUUCUUCGCUGCUGCCGCCACGUAUCCUCACGAAGUUGUACGCACCAGGCUGCGGUUGGCUCCCACGGUAUCAGUUUCGGGGGGCAAGGCGCAGAUGAAGUAUACCGGGUUGGUCCAGUGCUUCCGGCUGAUCUUCAAAGAGGAGGGCAUUGCAGGCCUGUAUGGGGGUUUAACGCCUCACCUACUACGAGUUGUACCGAGCGCUGCUAUCAUGUUUGGAAUGUAUGAAGUGCUCCUGCGGCUCUUUGGUGCCACAGCAUGAAUACUCUCCAAUUCAAUACCCACCCACUCGUCGUCAGAUCUGCAGUCUUUCUCUCGCAAAACUGCUUCGAUAAUACCUCAUCCAAACGGGCAGCAUGUCAAUACCUCCUCUUUAAUCAUUUUUCACCGCCAUCCAAAUCCCCACUUAGUGUGUUUGCAUUUCUCCAAGGCGCUUAGGGUUUAUAAUAGACAUAUAAAGAAUCCUCCAGUAAGUAAUGGUUUACUGUGCUGAGAGGCUAGAUUUUCAAGGGAACCAUAGCCCGUGGAUCCUGAUCUUUUAUGCUUUUUUUUACCUUUGGGGAAUCUUCCCUUUUUUUCGUCCUACUUGGAUAAAGUGUGUAUUUUUGUUCUGUAUUUUUGUGUUAUCAUUUUCGCUUGAAAGCAACGGGGCCGGAUGGGGUUUAAAUACUCAUUCUAGAUGCAAUCUUUUGUAUUAUUUAUGGGAAGGGUUGUUGGGGCGUUCUUUUGGGAAUUGGGUGGUUUAUCCUAUAGUUAUUGGUGUUUUCUUUCUU